AUGUCUUCCAAUGUUGACCACGAAGGCGCGGACAAUGAUGUUGCUCCUCCCCGCCCCGUCCAGCGACGGUCGACUAUGCCAGAGUGCGACAGAUCAAACAAGGGCCAGAGGAUCAUUGCUUCCAUAUUUCCCAGCUGUGUGGUAUCAUCCACCAUGUUCAGUGAUAAGCUUGGCAACAACAGGAUCGAUAUAAGGAGUGUGCCACCUAAAGAAAAGGGCAGCGAGUGUGAUGAGCCGAAAAUACUAGUCGAGUAUCUCGAAAACACUGUUUGGGCCAUUCCGGUUCGAGAGUGCUUGACAUGGUUCCCUGAUACUGGUGGCAUGAACACGAACACCACGAUUAAGGCUGCCAUGGGAUCUGCGACAGCUACUUCGAGCACCUUGACAGGCGAGUUAUCCGAAGAAUCGAAGAGCUUCAGCAUCUUUUUAUGGAUGCAACCUAGCCUAGAGAUCUCUAGGAACAUGGCUGCUAGUGUCGAGCUGGGGCAUAUCGAAAAGUUCAUGCAGAAGGAAACACGAAGCGUCGACCAGCGCGCAUACAACGAGUGCCCCAUGGCAACUUAUGAUGAGAUACGCGCGGAGUUGGAACGACUAUCCAUGGAAAAGAACAUUAAAGAACUAGAUAAAGAGUCAUGGAUCCGGAUGGCUCUAGAAGACAGAAUCGGCGUGUUCAACGCUGCUGUCGUUAUCUUCACGUACUUUCUGCCGUUACAAUUCGUUGGUCCCAGUACCGGAAAGGUCUGGGGAUCGCUUAAACUUCUUAUAGAUACUCAUCUUUACUACCCGGAUAGCGAAUAUGAGCGGGGCGAGAGGCCGCCUGAUUAUUAUAGCAACGACGACGACGAUGAGCUGGACGCCAGGACUCAACGGCCGCAGUCUAGCUACUAUCAUUAA